UAUUGAACUGAAAGUCGUCUGCAGAUGGUGUCCUAGAAUAAGAACUCUCUUCCUGUGCUAACAACUCACAAGAUCUUCAUUCUCCAAGCUGGAAGGAGUGUUGCUUAUUUUAUCAUGAAGUACUUAAUUGUUUGUCUGAGUAUUGUGAUGGCAAUUGCCCUAACAGACGCUAUGACCGUGGCCGACCAAGCGGUUGAGAGCGUGCUCGAAGAAUUCAAGUGUCCAGACAGUUUUACCAAGGAGGAUACAAAAUACGUUUUAAGGACAUCUGGAGAAUCUUGCGGCAUAACGUACUGUGAUCAAAGUGAUGCUUCGAUGUCUGGAUUGAUUUGCCCAUUGAUGAUGGUGGAUAACAGUGUUUGCGCUAGGGCUAAACUACAGGACGAAGGCUGUUAUUAUGCUGAUGUGAAAGAUUUAACCACAGUCUACCCUGGAUGCUGUACAUACUACAAGAAAUUCUGCAAAAAUGAUGCUGGGUUUGAUGAUAGUAAAGUUCCCAGCGUGCCUACGCAAGUAAGACUCGAUUCAAACUGUAUUUCGAAUGAGUAAAACGCAUGUGUAAAAGAUUAUCAUGAAGCGGCAUGUUUUAUUUUGAUAUUUUUGAUCGAAAUACUUAAUACCAAACAAAAAUAUAAUGUACCGCUGCCCUCCAAUUGGCGGAGACGCUAGCGUUACCUCGCACUAAACAAACAUCAUUUUUACCAACCAAAGCUCGUCUUUGAACUGUAACAUCGUCACAAUGAAUAAAACUAUUGUUAUUGAAGAA